AGAUUGUUGGGGAGGGUCAGAACUGUCACUGCAACGAUAAUUUUGGAGUUAAGUAGUGCCACCUGCUGGUGCUUUUCCUGAACUGUAGUUGCUAGAAAGAGGAAUCCUUGAGAACCCCGACUCUGCACCCGCAAACACUGCUAAAGAUCCUUUACAAAAUGGCAAUCUAUAACAACCAUUCUGCUUAUAAAAGCAAAAUAACAACAAGCGACGGUCGUGCAAAACCACUCAACAAACGCUAAUAAAUCUGAACAAUCUCAAUCAGUAAACUAGCUACAACUCAAUCCCAGUUAUCAUUUCUUCAAGGGAGGACCACAGCGAAGACUGCCGAAUUGAUUUUAUAUUACAAUUUAAAAAACUAACAUUAUAAACGUUGUUCAGUUAAAUUUGCUAGGCACUCCAACGUUAAAGAAAAAAAGGAGCAGAAAGUAUAACGCGAAUUUCAAAAGGCACGCGAAUAUAAACCCGGUACUGACUAAAAAAAAAAUAUUACGAAAAAGACAAAGACUCCGUUAUAAAUCGAGACAGAAACACAGAAGUGCUUUUAAAAUGGCGCUUCUGAUCGCAGAUGAAUCUGCCCCUCCCUGAGCGCAAAUGGGAUGUCUGUAGUAGGUUACUUGAGAGCGUAUUCAUUUACAUUUUCCAAUGAGGCUCGUGUUUAGAAGGUCUUUGAAAAAUGCGUCUACAUUUUAUGUAGAUUAAGGAGGAGUGUCUUAGUCUUCCAAGAUGAGCAAACGACUCACUUGCUCCUCUUGCACCCUUUGAGGGUUCUAGUAUAUUUGCCCCGGAGUUGGUAGAGUUCUACUAGUGUUAACGGUUUUAACCAAUCGCGAGCCUUGGAGUGACAUCAGCCACAACGCGGCGCCCUUACUUCUUGGGGAGUUAGUCGUUAAUGACUUGGUUGUCUUCAAUUGUUUUGGACUGACUGGCAGUAGUUAUCGCGUUUAGUGUCUGGCUCCUUUGUGUGGGAGAAAUUGUAUUUUGUUCUCUUCUUGCACUGUGAUAUGUUGCGUUUUAGGUAUACUCUACUCCUGGAAAUUGGAUCUUCACUUUGUGGUCACGCUGCAGGAUCAGAACUUCCAUAACUGAAAAAAAAAAACAAAUCAGAGGUGAUAGAAAAUCUGGACUCUCUGGAAACUUAAUUUUUAUACUUCUACAGUGAAACUGUAACUUAAUGGUAUGAUACAUUGCCAUAUUUGUCCGUAACACAAAAUGCAGAUAAAAACAAUGAAUGGAAUGUUGCCAAAUCCAGUUAUGGCUGAAAGGUGUAAAAUGUUUUGCAUGCCUACAAGUUUCCCUGAAUGGAAAGCACCAAAUUUUGGACCUCAUACAGUGCAAGUCUGCAGCUGCCAAAGAAAUGACAGUAAUGAUGUAAGGACAAUGAUUUGUGUGAAGUGUAAAUAUUUACAGGAAUAUACUGUGGAAGAACUUCAAAACCAUUAUCGGGAAAAACACUCCAGUGAUACUCCUGCUUUUGUGUGUAGCAAGUGUGGAUUUGUUGCUGUGGAGACUCAGCAAGUUAAUAUGCCUGCACUUUCUUGCCUUGUAAAUAAAUAUACUGAGGCCAACAGUAUAAAUUAUAACCAUAUGAGUAAUGGAGAGUAUUACAGCCAUAUAAAUAAUGGAAGUUAUUACAACCUUAUGAGUAAUGGAGAUUACUUUAGCCAUGUGAGUAAUGGUGAUUAUUACAGACAUGUAAAUAAUGGUGAUUAUUACAGAGCAGCUAAGUAUGAUUGUGAUAAAUGCAGAUUCACAACAAAGGAUGCUCUUCAUUUCAAAAGGCACAUAAUUCAGCACGAUGAGAUUAAGUUUACAUGUUCCUACUGCAACCAUGUGUCAUACACACGAGGAGAAUUUCAACGUCAUUUAGUAAUCCAUACUGGAACCUUUCCCUUUAAGUGCCAUUAUUGUGACUAUGGUGCUGUAAGAAAUGACUAUGUCAUGAAACACAUUAAACGAGUGCAUGAAGCAAUGCAAACUAAAAUGCAGAUGAGUGUUAAUACAUUAAACCAGCAUAAUUUAGAGGAACAGAAGAGUAAAUCUACUGUAAACCAAAAGCAAAAGAUUGCUUAUGAAGAACUGAAGGAAGUUUGUUUUCCUUGUGAUAAAGAGUACAUGAAAACAACUGCACAUGAAGGAAGGGUAAACUUAUGGGAUUCGAAUAAUGGGAAUUUGCCUGUGAAAGACAGUGUGCAGGUUGAAGUUCUUGAUCCAUUAGACAAAGUGCAGCCUGGAAUGCCUCUGACUGUUGUUGCACCUUCAGAUCUUGUUGUGCCUGACAAUUGUUUGGUACAGUUGGUGGAAAUGAAGACAGUAAAUGGAUCACAACAGCUAGUUUUAAAGUUUAUUCCUCGGGAAGAUGCAGAUUGUGGAAAAGGAACUUCAGGUAAUUGGAACACUGAAGAAUGUUUAACAGGGAAGGAUAACUGUUCAAAUAAGGAAUGUUCAACUUCCCCAGAUGGUCCAUUUUCAAACACUGUCACUAAUGCAAGCAUGACAUCAAAAAUAGGGACUCUAGUAAGCAGAUCAGAACCUGAACAUAAGAAUGGUUCUGCUGUACAAAUUGAUUGUUUUACUAAUGCGAAGUAUGUUCAGCAGUCAGUUUUAUCAAACAUUUCAGAAAGCCCUGUGCAUUCUUUUUUUAAAGCGGAUGAAGGAUCUGAGAAGCAAGCUAAUAUGUUAGUGCAUCAGAAUCCUAUUAAUUCUGCCCCUAAAUUAAUUAACCUUACAAAAAAUAAUUCUGAUUUCAGUAUGCAUUGUAUUCCAUGCCAUCCAAAGACUAAUGAAAAGCCUUUAUUGCCUCUACCUAAAAACGUAGAAAAAACAGAAGCACUUGCAAUCUGUGGUGGCCUUCAGAAACAGAGUGAGUAUUUGCCUGGUGUGGGACAAAAACAAUUAAAGUUAAACUUGAAUAAAGAAAGGUUAAGUCCAUUCAUCCCAGCUGGAGAAACACCAUCUAGUGGUUCCUUGAAAGGACUUCUGUCUGCUACUGCACUAGGAAGCAAAUGUAGAUCACCUAAGCAGUUGCUUUCACAAGAGUCUGGCAAGCCAGCUGCAUAUCCUGAGCACGCUGUAAGUAAACAUUUUGAUUUACCUCCAGAUAAUGAAAAUUGUACAGUACCAGAGGGGCCUGUAAUUAUGUCUGUUUUCUCCUUAAAUUCUUCUAAUAGUUCAUCGUCUCAAAAUUCAUGGAACCAAAAUAAGUCUAUAAGAAAACCACAGAGGAAUUGUACUGAAAACCAGAAUAGCAAGUUAAGUAUUUCUCAUGGUGCGCAGUUAAACAAUGUGGAAAAUAAAAGUCAGAGACUUGAUGAAAAUCUGUUUCAACCCACUCAACAAAAUACAAAUUGUUGCUUGGGAGAACGCCCUGUUGAGCUUUUAAGAGGGAGAAAAAGAAUUCCAGCAGAUGUUUACCAGUCACUUGAGGAAAGAAUAUGCAACUUGAAAGAAAGGUUGAGUCACAGUUUUAUCAUUCCUAGCUUUGCAAGAAGAACAAGCAACCCUCCGUGUCAAUCGGUGGAAGAGAGUAUUCGCUUAACAGCUGCUACUGCGCCGUCACCUACCAAUCCCCAGGUAACUGAAACAUCAUGUGGCAUCAGUAAUACAGUUGAAGCCUAUCGUGGUCAGGGUCAAAUGCAGAAUGAUGUAAAUCUGAACUGCACAAAUAGCACUAAACAGCAGUUGUGGAAGACGCCUGCCAGUGGGUCAGAUCUGAAAAGCAGCUUUGUAUCAAAUAGUUUUAAACGUGGCAUAGGUGUGGCACAAAAUUUGGAGAAUGCACUUCAGCAGAAAAGUGUAACACAGCCAGAUUCAGUAGCUUUUAUGAACGAUGCUUGCCAAACUCUUGUCACAUCAGAAGUGUCAAAUAGUGUUAACAAACAAACAUCCUCAGAAGAAUUACAGAAGACUGAAACUGCUUUUCCGGUGCUUGGUGAACAGCAGUGUUUUCCUUUGGAAAACGUUGCUUCUGUAGAUCUAGGUUGCAAUGCACAGAAGGCGGAUGCUGGGUUAAAUGCUUCUCUUGGUCCUAAGAGAGUGCAUUUUGGUAGUGUGUCUGUUUCUUCAGAGGGAAAUGAAAAACCUCUUCUGAACUGUGAUAAAAAAGUUUCUGAUAAACAAGUUUGUUUUAAAGUUGCAGCUCCCAUACUUAGAGUUAAAAGCAGCUCAAAAGCUUGUGAGCUGUCUGCAUCAGUCUCACCAGAACCUUGUUGCAAUAUGGAUGAAAUUACUGGUAAAAAGGGGGUACGUUCAGAUGCCAUUAAGACAGUUUAUGCUCCUGUAUGUACACCCUCUGUGUCUGGUGAUUAUACAGAAAUAAAUGUACAUGCCCAGUUGUGUUCUGAUAAAAAUGUGGAGGUGCUAGCCCUAAAUGAAAAUGAGGAUCCCAGUAAUAAUUUUUGUCCAUCGUCUAUAAAUCAUAUACUUAAGAAUGGGACUAUGAGCAACUUUGGAAAGCCUUUUAUAUAUGCUUAUUCUCUUAAAACAAAUGAUGCUGCCAUUGCACAGACUGACACGGCAGAUGUAGAAACAUUACAGAAUGUAGGGAAAAACAAAGUUAAAGAAGGAAAUGUUCAUGUUGCUACACCUGUAUUUAUUCCCAAAGGUACUGUGCUUAAAGUGCUUAGACCAAAUAAAACUGCGCAUUGCCAGUCGAGAGAGGGUAGGGCAUUCUCAGCAAGUGCAGACUGGAAGCCUGAAAUUUUUCUUCCAAGGCCUGUUCCAUGUAGUUCUGCAACAGUGAAUUCACUUCAGGAAAGUGAAAUGCUUGAUAAAUCAAGAUUAAGAAGUAAAGUUUCUCCUAGAGAUGCAAAACAUAGUAUUGUUGCAACAUUUGGUGCAAAUGGUAAAACUGCACGUAUCAGUGUAGAUCGGCAUCACUGUAUGUCUUCUAAGAAUACCAUUACAGGUGUUAAUCAGAAAAGAAGAAAAGAACACUCUUUAAAUGCAAAUUUCAACAAGUAUCCUUUUUGGCAGAAGGCAUUCAAACCUAAUAUCAGGAUGGUAUCAUCCUUCUUGCAUGCAAGACAUCUAAGAUUGAGAUCACCACUGAAACAACAUCACACAGCAUGUCCUUACCAAACUCAGCCAUUGGUAGUACUGAACCACCCAGAUGUUGAUACUCCUGAGGUCAUCAAUGUGAUGAAAACACUUAAAAACUAUGAAAGUAACAUUGUAAAGGUUUUCUUGACGGAAAAGACUAUGUACCGCCUUUGUUUAAAGCUACAGAAUCGGAAACGUCUACUGUACAAGUGUUGUAAGACCAUUUCCAUUUUAAAUGGACAGCAGGUGCUAAAAAUGAAGCUGAAAAAAACUCAUAAAAAUGGAUAUCAUAUUGUGCAGCCUGUAAGAAGUGACUCCUUAGAUGACUCCUCAAGCCAAACCUUUCCCUGCUGGUUUUGUGGCAGAAUUUAUUUUAACCAGGAAGAAUGGAUUUCUCAUGGGCAGCGUCAUUUGAUGGAAGCAACUAGAAACUGGGAUGUUUUGCCUAAAGUGCAGAAGUAAUACUAGUCUCUGAAUUCAGCAGCUUGUUCUGUUUCUUGAAAUCUGCAAUAUAUGUACUCUCUUCAUUUGGGUACAUAACUGGACAAACACCAACACCAGUUAGUAUUUUAAUAAUACUUGUUUGUUGGUUUUCAUGCUGCAAAGUUAAGUAGGUCAUGGAAAAUGAUUGUGUUAUGCAUGAGUUUAGUAGCUACUUUUUUGUCAUAAGUUGUCAUAAUUGAACGACUGUUAAAUCGUAAUUGAAUGACUGCCAAGAACAAGUGUGUGUAAUGUUCAAGUCCUCCUGAAUUUAUUGGUGCACAGUUUGUUACAGAAUAAUGUGUUGUUUUUGGGAGCUGUACAACAGUGUUUUUUUUUUUUUUUUUACACAGAUGAAAAUGUCCAGAAUUUAAAAGAUUCUCUUGUUACAGUAUUAAAUGAUCAUCUCAAUAUGCUCAUUCUCCUAAAAGGACACUACACUGGCAAUAUUUGUGUUUGGUGGGGGCCUUAAUUAAAUGGGAAGGUAAUAUUCUCUUUGGCAUUAUUUCUACAUAUUGUAUUCAGGGCUCCUUGAAUGUUAUUCCGGUGUACAUGGUUUUUAUUUAUGUCCUUCAAACCAAUUUUGGAUGUCUGUCCUUUCACUCUCCUCCCUCUUUUUAAAACUUGGCUAGGAAGCGUUGUUGAAAGUUAAGCAGAUAGAAGGUUUUGUUUUCAGUAAUCCUGAAUUUUUGUGUCAACUUCCAUGAUGUAAUUUCUGGAUGUUUUAGAGGGGAACUGUCAGUUGGGUUUUUUGUAUAUAUGUAAAAUACAGUUUUUCUUGUUUUGAUAUUUAUAGAAGGAUUAUAGUUUAUGUUGAAGCCUGGAAUUUAACAUGAACAAACAUGUUUAUUAAUAUUCUUGCUUUCAUUCAGAAAGCUUUAUUAUACAAUGUCUUGUAAUUUCUGUAAAAACAUUGCUUUCUUUAAUUUGCCUCAAACUGAGUCUGUUACAUUUUUUUUUGUCUUUACAGUAGAGUAAUAUUUUUUCAUUUUUG